GAUCUGAGCACGCGGACUCUUACAUCAGAACCCCUGCUCUGCGAGACUUCUACAAAACUCUUACUUCAACUCUGACUUUCCAGGCUUUCCACUGGGGUUCGUCAUCCUCCAAGUCCCGCCUCUUAAUGAUUGACCGGUGUCCGGAUUGGUAGCUAAACCACUGGGAAGGAUUGUCCUGUCAGCGAGUGUUUAACAAAAGAAGCAGGACCAAUCGCAGCAGUUUUUUUAUUUCCGUACUGGCGGUUUGAAACUGUCAGGGUUUCUUUUGGUGAGAAAGAAGGACUGUGUUAAUGCAGAAUGUCAUCAUCUGAGGAAAGAAGCACAAGCCCUAUUUUUCCAAAAGACUCCGACCGAGGCAGUUCUGUCUCUUCAGAUCUUCAGGAUGAAUAUGAAGAGCUGCUGCGCUAUGCUGUAGUGACACCAAAGUUUGAACCAAGUGCAUUGCGGCAGUCUGAUCAUGUAGAAGCUCAUCAGAGGACUCCAGGGAGAAGUCCAGUAAUGGAUGAACACAGGCAAAGAACUGUAGCAACAGGCCAGAGGAAGCCUGGAAGAAGUUCUGAUUUUGCAACAUCUACUCGGACAACAAGGAUAGAAGUUUCGACAUCUGUAAAGCAGCCAGCUCGUCAGGGCAUGGAGGGACUUUGCCCAGUCCAUGCAGAAGAGACUUCUGAAGAAUCAUCAUCUAGUCAACAAGAAAUCCAAGAUUCAAAUGUGACAGAGUUGAGCAUUUCUGAUGAAAGAGUGACCCAAAUAGAGACCAUACUUGACCUCUGGAGUGGGAGCCUGAAGACAAAUGUUCUGACUGAACUAAGGAAAUGGAAGCUUCAUUUUAUUGAACAUCACAGGCUAGAAAUGAGUCAAGAGAGAGAGAAACAUGCAGCACAUGUGAGACAACUGACAAAUCGGCUAGAGAACCUGAAGGAGCUGCUUCAAACGUAUGAAAUGUCAAUAGGGAGAAAAGAUGAGGUCAUUGCCAGUUUGACACAUGCAAUUGAGAAACAAAAAGAUAGGAUAGAAUUAAUGAAGAGAUUCACCAAAUGGCGCCUUCAGCAUUUCAUGGGUAAACAAGAGUCCAGACAUGAGGUAUACACAGAUCUACUGGCUAAUCGGCUUUAUGAAAUAGGUUUGUUGAAGAAAGCCUGGGGAGUCUGGCGUUCUGCUAGCCAUAGAAAGUGGAAAGAGGCCCUGGAAAGAGCCUAUCAAUCAAAUGCUGAAUCUGAACGUGUUGAGCUAUCCAAUGACUACGAAGCUAAAAUUCAAGAGUUAAAUGCUGCAUUGGAUGAGGCAAGAAAUAAGCUCCUAGAAAUGCAGAACAAAAGGCAGGAUUAUGAAGAUGCCAUGAAGAAGGCCUUUAUGCGUGGUGUCUGUGCGCUGAAUCUAGAAGCAAUGACCAUAUUUCAGGGCAAGGAGAUCAAAUUGGAUCAUGCAUUUGAUCUGUCAGAUAAGAAAGCAGAACCUGAUGCUGGUGCUACAGCAGCAAAACUUCCUCCAUCACAAUUUGAUCGCCAUUUACUCCCUCCACCCUCUUCCUCACCGCCACCGCCACCUCCUCCUGCUCCCCCUCCAACAGCAUGUCCCACCUCUGUUCCUGCUGAGGAUCUGUUUUCUUCCCAUCGGAGCCAUGCAGUUACAUCUCAGACCAGAUUAGACUCAGCUGGUGCAGGAGCAGGCACAGCAACAGUCUCAAACCUGCCCUUGACGAGGAUUGUGACAUCAGCACAACAAAAGGCUGGAAGAACAAUCACUGCUAGGAUCACUGGCAGGUCUGAUUUUGGACCAAAGAAUCGAUAUGGUAAUAACUUAGCUGUAUUUGGAGUUUCUCCUCCCAUGAACUCCAUUGUUGUGGAAAAACAUCACCCAGUAACUCAACAAACUAUAUCUCAAGCAACUGCGGCUAAGUAUCCUCGAACAUUGCACCACUUUCCCAGCACCACCAGCACAAGGCCUUCAGGACACAGUGGGAAAACUCCUCCCCAGCCCCACAGCAUCAUCCAGUCAAUAAAGGUUGUUGACUAGAUUGACAGGCUGAAAUCUUUAAAUUUUACCUUGAGCAGGUAAAGAAGAUUUUCCAAGUUGCAGUUUAAAAAGUGCUCCCUGUUUCUGAAUCAACAUGGAGAUGUCCUAAGGAUGCAUCAUGGUUUAUUUUCCCCCUUCAGAAAUAUGAUACAUGAUAAAAUGUUUGAGACAUAAAAAUAACCCCCUUGAGUUUGUGUGGUAGUUCUGUGUAACUGCAAAUAAGGUCUAAUUGAAAUUCUUAUUUUCUUAACCUAUUUUAGUAAAUGUGUGUGUUUAUUUAAGGAAUCAACUGAAUAUUUUUAAUAAAAAGAAUGGACUUUU